UGAAAUAAGUUAAUUCUACGAGUAACAAUUGAUUAGUUCAACCCCAUAAUUUUUACUGAAAUAAAACCGGAAAAAGAUUCUGAAAUAGAAGAAAAACGAGUUACAAGAAAUAUUGAAUUGAAUGAUUUGUGAUAAAAUACAUUUAAAAUGGCAAAAGUAAUCUAAUGAACAGAUGUGAAAAGUAGAAAAAUAUUUUAGGAUUAAAAAGUACUUUAGACAAAUCACUGCAGAAUUAUUUUUUUAUUGAAUUAACAGAAACCCUCUUAAUAUAUUUUCAAAGUAAACAUCAAGUUACCAUCAUCAUGUCGAGUGACACCGAUAGAGAUAGCAUUUACCUCGAUACAUUGAGUAUGCAGUCAGGAAGUACAAAUUACAACAAUCGAAAAUCAAUAGCUUUAUCCCAACAAACGAUUUAUCAUUCAACUGAAGACCUUCCGAGCACUGUUGCUGCCUCCGCAACUCUCAAGGGAUACAACAAUGACUUUUUUCUUGACUCACAAAAAUUUCACAGCGACAUUGGUUUGAAUGAUUUCGAGGAAUUGGAUAGCGGAGAUGUGCCGUUACGAGGAACGAGACCCCGAAGCGAAAUUUUACAGGAAGAGGUCUCUGCUUUACUACUUGAUAGUAAUAAUUGUUCCAACAGCAUACAUUCAUUACCUACGACUAAAAACAAACAAACAAAAACGAAACAAAUCGUAACAUAUAAUGAAUGGAAAUCUAGGGUUUGGCGCACCUUUACCGAUGGCGAGCGAAAUGUAGAUUUUGUUCUGUCGUAUCCCGCAAUUCCGUUGUCGCCCGGAAAAGAAAAUGCAAAUGAAGCAGCUGACGAGAAACGCCAAUUGUUUUGUGCCAACCUUGAAAAGGAAGGACUCGAACUUGAGUACGAGAAGACACAAUCGAUUCAUUUUGUGAAAAUUCACGCGCCGAAACAUGUUUUGUGCAAAUACGCCGAAUUGCUCAAAUGGGAAAUGCCAAUUAAAAGGUCUCUAUGGAAAAAGGAAGAUGUUGAUUAUAAUGAAUAUCGCUUACUGACAAACAUGAAAUCGUUCUUUGGAAGACCUUUUAGAUUUGUGAAAUUAGAUCCUGUUAAAUUUCCUCACAGACCGAAGGAAAUGUAUCACGAAUUCUCAAGAGAUAAGGACUAUUUAUUUGAUAUUGAUGAUAAAGAUUUCUUUACACAAGAUGUUAGAAUAGCAGUUGUUAGUUUCAUAUUAGAAAGAUGCGCAUUUACAGAUGAGCCUGAAUCGUCAAAUGCUUGUGUUGGAAUACAAAAACUUUUAGAUGAUAAAAUUUACAAAGGAGCUUAUCCAUUGCAUGAUGGAGAUCCCAACGACGUAAAAAGCAAACGUGGAUUAUUGCUUGCUGAAUGGGCUUCAAUUAGUAAAUGGAUACGACAUCAACCAUUAACAGAAAUUAAGGAAUACUUUGGAGCUCAUAUUGCUUUGUACUUUGCUUGGUUAGGAUUUUAUACUCACAUGUUGAUUCCUGCAUCGAUAUUUGGCAUCAUUGUCGUAUUAUUUGGCUUAUCAACGAUGUUCAGCAACAAUUUUAGCAAGGAAAUUUGUUCAGAAAAUAGAAUUAUGUGUCCGCAGUGCGAUCGUAAAUGUGAUUAUUGGAAUUUCAAUGAAACUUGUGUGUAUUCAAGAUUGAGCAACCUUUUUGAUAAUCAACUGACGUUUGUAUGGGCAGUUUUUAUGUCGAUUUGGGCAACUUUGUAUUUGGAAUUAUGGCAACGAUAUUCAGCAAGUUUGAUUCAUUCAUGGGGACUCACAAAUUAUACAAAGAAAACGGAGCCUCCUCGACCUCAAUAUUUAGCUCGUUUAAAAAACUUCAAAGAUCAGUUUAUGAAAAAUCGUAUACAACAAAAUGUCGAAGGAGGAGCUGUGCUUGAACCUGCUGUUCCUUUUUGGAGAUUCAAAUUUCCACGCUAUCUAGUCAGUUAUUCAAUCAUAUUUUUAUUUAUUUGUCUCGCUGUAUCUGCUGUAUUUGGUGUUAUUCUUUACCGCAUGUCUCUGAAUACAGCUCAAAAUAUUUAUGGCAAUCAAGAUUCAAUGACGUAUAAAAUAACAGUGUUACCCGUAACUGCAGCUUGCAUCAAUUUGUUCGUCAUUACUGUUUUGAAUUACGUUUACGAUUAUUUGGCGGUUAUUCUCACAAACAUGGAAAUGAAGAGAACACAAGCAGAAUUUGACGAGAGUUUAUCGUUGAAAAUUUAUCUUUUCCAAUUCAUCAAUUAUUACAGUUCGAUUUUCUACAUUGCCUUCAUUAAAGGUAAAUUUCCCGGAUAUCCAGCGAAAUACAAUCGCAUCUUUGGAUUGCGACAAGAAGAAUGCAAUGCGGGUAAUUGCAUGUUUGAAUUGUGUAUCCAACUUGUAAUUAUAAUGGUUGGCAAGCAAAUCAUGAAUUCCGUGAUGGAAAUGACACUCCCCAUAUUGACAAAAACAUUGACGAACAUUUGGAAUCACAUUGGAGUUCGACGCACAUGGUCUGACACAGAUGUCAAUAUUCGUACUCACAACCAAUGGACUGAAGACUACAAACUCUUGCCAUGGCAGUUUAUGUCAAUGUUCAGCGAAUACUUGGAGAUGGUAAUUCAAUAUGGAUUUAUCACGUUAUUCGUUGUUGCUUUUCCGCUUGCCCCAUUUUUCGCUUUGCUGAAUAACGUUUUUGAGAUGCGAUUGGAUGCGAAGAAAUUCCUUCUGUACUAUCGUCGUGCUGUUCCGAAACGAGUUCGAGAUAUUGGUUCAUGGUAUGGCAUUAUGCAAGUGAUUUGUCGUCUCUCAGUAAUGUCAAAUGCCUUCAUUAUUGCAUUUUCCUCAAAUUUCAUACCUGAAUUGGUAUACUCGAUUUACGUCAAAAAAGAAUUAAUUGAACCAAGUUACUUGAAUUUUACAUUGGCUCGAUUUGAUGUAAAUGACUUUGAAGAAAAAGCAGCUCCUUUGAAUUCAUCGUUUGAAAAUGUCACGAUAUGUCAUUACACGGAAUUCAGAAAUCCGCCAGAAGUUGAUCCCAAAUAUAAGAAAAAUCAAGUUUAUUGGCAUGUGCUUGCUGCGAGAUUAGCUUUUAUUGUUGUCUUUCAAAAUGUCGUCGGUUUGGUACAAUUGCUCGUUGAUACUCUAAUUCCUGAUGUCCCGAGAAGAAUACGAGAAAGAAUCAAGCGUGAAGAUUAUUUGUUAAGUCACGUCAUUUUGGAUGAAGAAAAGCGGCGAUAUAAGAAAGAUGCGUACACGGGAGCGGGAAAGAAAAUUAUGAAUGUCCUUACAAACAUUCAAAAUGGAAAAGGCAUUCGAAAAAGGUCGCAACAACACCAAAGUCAGGAACGAAUACACGAGCACGUCGAGAGAGUUGUAUGAAACGUAAUUCUGAAAGAUACGUUACUUUAGAGAAAUUUUUUAAUUUGAAUUUAUUUAUAUGUGUAAGUGUAAAAAGUAUAAGGCUAAACUAUGUGUUAGAUGUCACUAACAAGUAAAUGCAGCUAAAUGUGAAAAUAUUCGUGAAAUAAAGUGCCUUUUUAUGAAAACUUUCUUUUUUUUAAUAUUCCAAAAUUUCAC